AUGCACCAAGAUGUGCUAUCGACUCGAUUUGGCACUUACGAUGGAAUACCGACGUGGUUGGUUGAUGAGCUACCAAAACCACCAGUAAAUCGUGCCUAUCCUUGGCCGUUUCACAAAGUACCGGAUCAGUGGUUUGAAAAUUAUCUCACUUACGCAUGUGUUAACUGCGCGGAUCAAUUGUACACCAAUGUGUCAGGGACAUGGGAAUAUUGGGGCCAGUUUUGGGAGACAGUGGCGAAACGAUUCGUUAGAUAUGAUAACGUGAUCGGAUACGAACUGAUCAAUGAACCACCGAUGAGCAACUUCUACGAAAAUCCCGAAAAGCUCUUGCCUGGCUAUGUUGGUCUUCAUCAUCUAUUACCCACCUACGACUAUUUGGUGGAGCGGAUUCGUGCGGUUGAUCCGAACACACUAAUCUUCUAUGAACCGUUGACCUAUGGCGUAUUCAUGCCUAACAGCAUUUUGGAUACCGGGACUGGAUUUAAUCGGGUUCCCGGUUCCCUGACAGAUCCGGAUGCCGCCCAGAAAAGCGUUCUGUCUUAUCACUAUUACUGCUGGCUUUUACAAACUGCUGACCCCAAGCUGCACAUGCCAUGGUGGAAACGGAUCGCAUGCGAUUACGCAUUAUUACCCUCGGUGUUCCGAAACAGCCGCAGAUCGAUCGAACACACCGGCGGUGCCAUGUUCCUCACUGAGUUUGGUCUGUGCGGGCCGGAUGGGAAUCCGUACUCAGUGAACACGGUCGAAUGUGAUGCUGUGAUGCUCAAGGCGGACCAGGAAUUCCAGUCGUGGACUUAUUGGGACGGGAAUUUCUUGGACACUUUGGGAAAUCCGAUCGAGACACAGAUCAAGUUCUUCGUGCGCCCGUAUCCAGUGGCAACCAGGGGUUCACCAGUCUAUCUUCGUUUUGAUCCCAAAACCGGUCAAUUUCAAUACGAAUUCAAUUUGGACACAGCUGGUCUGACCGCGGACGAAACCGUGGCGGUGAUUUUUGUACCGAACAAAGUACAAUACUCCGCUGGCGCGUCUGUUCGGAUCAAUCCAGACUCAAUCAAAUCGGUGAUGCAAGGUGAUCAGUUGACGUUGAUGACCACUUCGGUCAAAUUGGUCGGUCGUAUCAAGGUCACUGUGACGAUUUCACGCGUGUAA